AUGCCUGAGGACUGCCAGUGGAUAGCCCGGCGGUCCGAUCUUCCAGCCCAAGCAUCACAGGAUCCCAGCCCCAGCCUUCAAGCGGCCACAACCGGAGCCCCGCCCACCUUGCAGAUUCAUGCAGAAAAUAAAUGCUGUGGUUAUUUUAAUAAGCAAUUACGUCUGGGGGUGGUUUGCUAUGCAGCACAAAGCAGCCCCAGCGCGCGCCAGGGCCCCUCGCCGCGGCGGGGAGCGGCGGAGUGCGCGGCGCGGCGUCUGUCCCGCGUGGCCCCCAGUCCUCAGGCCCCGAGCGCGGCGGGCGGGAUCGGGCGGGGGCGGGGGUGGGAAGAGGAGUGGGGACGUGCUCCCGAGCCCCGCGCUAAUGGCCUCCGGCAGCGGUCGGCGCGGGGCCGCGUCCGCUCCGCGCCGCCCGGCACCGUCCCCGCCCCGGACUUGGCCCCAGCCCCCUGGGCGCCGCCACUGCCGGAGCGCCGAGGCGAACGCGCCGGGCCGGGGCCGGCUGGAGAGCGGGACUGGAGCCCGGGCGCCCUGAAGUUUGGGAAGGAAAGAAGAGAAAGCGAAGGAGGCGCUCGGCGCUCGCACUCCGCGGCCCGCCGCCUCCCGGCUCUCCCGCAGGCGAGCUUCCUUAAUUGCGCGCCUGCCCCGCGGACUUCCUGGGCCGAUGCGACAGCCGGGAGGAGACCGCUCUGCGACCCGCCGGAGGGCGGACCCGCCAGGACCUGGGGGCUGACUUUACGGGCAGAAGGCAGUUCGCGCCCGUGUCCACGAGAGCUGAGCGCCAGUUCACCCCAGGAGCUCCGGAGGCAGGACAGAGCGGGCCCCGCCGGCGUGGGUGGGCGGGAAGGGGGAGGCCCCGACUUCCAAAAAGCCGUCUCUCACCUUCGGCAAGCCCGCCCAGUCGCUCUGGCCCGCGCCGCCCCGCUUCCAGGUGUUCCCACGGCCCGCGCCUCCCCGCCCCGGGCCCUCCCCCCGGCUUCGGGCAGGUUCAAUCCCCAGAGCCGGCCCCACGCCCGCAUCCUCCUCCCACUCCGUCCCGGGCCGCCGCCGCUAAAACCCGAGGCUCCCCGGUGGAACUGCCUUCUCCUCUCGGGUCCGGGGCGGGCUCUGAGCGCUCCUGCAAAGACCCAAGGUGUUAAGUCUCCAGGGGAGCCCUGA